AUGGUUGUUGGUGCUGCUGUUGGUGCUGCUGCUGCUGCUGAUGAUGAUGAUGAUGCGAAAAUCGAGGGGGAAAUUCUUAAGGCGUCGCAGUAUACCUUCAUGCUCGGCCUCGCUGCGCCACGCGGUUAUCGAUUUUUGGCGGUGCGCUCAGUGGUGCUGGACCGACAGGUUACUAUCAUAGACCGUCAGAAUGUGUCAAUGGAUGACCCAAGCGCCUUACUCCUUGGCUCCUCUGCUUGUAAGACUCUCCUAAACAGACUUCAGCAAUGGCUGGAGGAGGAAGAGGAGCAGCAGCAGCAGCAGCAGAAGCAGGAGUAG